AUGCCUAUGAUGGGACCGACAAAGACUGUAGUUACCAUCAACUCGACUGGUCGUCAGACGGCUUCAUUUGUUCGCGUCGCCUCUGCUGUGGGUUGGCGUGUGAGAGCGCAGGUCCGGACUUGCGAUGGACUGGUUGCCGAGGAACUCGCUGCUUUGCCUAAUGUCGAAAUCGUCGAGGGAGAUCUAUGCCAACCAAAGGCCGACCUGAUCCCCUUCCUAAACCACCUUUUCGAAGGUGCUAAGCUGGCUUUUAUCAACACCACUCACUGGGGCGAUGAGGUCGCCAUUGGUAAAGCCUGCGCGGACGCUGCCAAAAGAGCAGGCGUAACUCACUACAUCUACUCAUCCAUGCCCGAUCAUUCUGUCUACAAUCCGGACUGGAGGCCGCUUCCAUUGUGGUCGCAGAAGUUUACGAUAGAGAACUACGUUCGCCAACUGGGAAUCCCGGCCACUUUCACCUACACUGGAAUCUACAACAAUAACUUCACCUCACUGCCUUAUCCACUAUUUCGCAUGGAACUCCAGGAAGAUGGCAGCUUCCUGUGGAGAGCCCCCUUUCAUCCUCAUGAUCCACUACCCUGGCUAGACGCUGAGCAUGAUGUUGGCCCAGCUCUCCUGCAAAUCUUCAAGAUGGGUCCGAAUUCCUGGAAGGGCCAAAGGGUUACGCUUGCUUUUGAACGACUGAGUCCAACCCAGGCUUGCGUCAAAUUCUCGCGCGGUGUAGGUAGACCGGUCAAAUAUGUACAUGGACCGAUCGAUAUCGAAGUUUCGAUCCCUAGCGGCUAUCGGGAACACCUUGAAUCACUCCAGGAAACUCUUGGAGAAAAGAGAGCCCCUUACUUUGGACCCUUGGAGUAUCCACAAGAAGCCAGAAGCCUAUGGGAGGGUUACCGAUCACUCGAAGAGUACGCUCGCGAAGUGUUCCCCGACGAGGAGGCCGCCAACGGACUGACGUGGAUGGACGACGACAAAGAAUUCCCCGAAUACGCCGAGAGUAACGAAGACCCGGAUGAAGAGCGUGACGAGAGCAGUGUUGGAAGCACCACGAAUCCCACACCAUCUUGGACACCCGGCAUGCGGACACCAUUCAAUCACCCUGAAGCGGACGCCCACAACUUUUUCGUGGGCAGUUGUUAA